CCUGUGUCUCUCUCUCCCUCCCAGCGCUGAGUUCAUUGAACUUCUGUCUGUUUUCUGACGAUCCUCUAAUGGGAAAGAGCUGGACGCUGAUAAAGCACAAUGUCUUGGGUCUUCUGGAAUUUUCUCUGCUUGUUUCUAAUACACUGUGUGAGCUCAGAAGUCUUCCUCCACAGUCGAGAUGCCAGUCAGGUCUUGAGCCGGCGCCGGCGCGCCAACACCAUGUUUGAGGAGCUAAAGAAGGGAAACAUGGAGCGUGAGUGUGUUGAGGAGCGCUGCAGUUAUGAGGAGGCCAGAGAAAUCUUCGAGGAUGUUAAAAAGACGGAUGACUUCUGGAGCAAGUAUGUUGAUGGAGACGCGUGUUUGUCCCGCCCGUGUCUCAACGGCGGCGAGUGUAAAGACGCGAUCGGGCCGUACACGUGUUACUGUCAGCAAGGCUUUAAGGGCUACAACUGUGAGAUUGCUAUUCCUGCGCUCUGUGAGAGUGAAAACGGAGGCUGCGAUCAUUUCUGCAGAGUGGAGAAGAAUAACGUCGCCUGUUCAUGCGCUAAAGGCUACGAGCUGGCCAAUAAUGAAAAGUCGUGUCAGUCUCAAGAUCCUUUCAAAUGUGGCGCGGUCCAUCCUCAGAAGACCAGAAGCAUCUUAAACAACAUACACAUCAACAACACUGAGAAUGAAGAGGAGACCACCGAUGAGCCUGUCGUAGACGCCACGAACCCCCCUGGCAAUGAGACAAGCAGCAUGUUUGGCCUCCCCGAGCCGAAGAUCUUGGGUCAGGUGGAGGAGGAAGCCAUUCUGCCUGAAUCGUCUUCGAGAAAGCAAAGAAUCGUGAAUGGUAUGGAGUGUCUUCCUGGAGACUGUCCAUGGCAGGCUCUUCUCAUCAGUGAAGACAACAUCGGCUUCUGCGGCGGCACCAUCUUAAACGAGUACAUCGUCCUGUCGGCCGCUCACUGCAUGAAUCAGUCGCUCUCCACCCGGGUGGUUGUAGGUGAGUUCGACACGCUGGUCAACGAGGGUCGUGAGGUCACACACGACGUAGACGAGAUUCUGAUUCACAAGAACUACAUGGCUGAGACCUACCACAACGACAUCGCCCUCAUCAAGCUCAGCAGGCCCAUCAGAUUCAGCAGAUUCAUCAUCCCCGCCUGCCUUCCAGAGCGUGAAUUCGCCGAGCGCGUGCUGAUGCUCCAAGAGGAUGGGCUGGUGAGCGGCUUCGGCCGAGUGCGCGAGGGCGGCCUCCAGUCCACCGUCCUGCAGAAGCUGACCGUGCCGUACGUCGACCGCGCCAAGUGCAUCGAGUCCAGCAAGUUUAAGAUCUCCACCCGCAUGUUCUGCGCCGGAUACGAUCAGGAGGAGAAGGAUGCCUGUCAGGGCGACAGCGGCGGGCCGCACGUGACACGCUACAAAAGCACGUGGUUUGUGACGGGCGUGGUGAGCUGGGGUGAAGGGUGCGCCCGGAAGGGCAAGUACGGCGUCUACACACAGGUCUCCAAAUACAUCUCGUGGAUCCAUAACGCCAUGGCCAAAGUCAUGCCGCAGAUGGAAGCGUCUAUAAAACCCAAAGCAAAGCGGGAGCUGCUUCGGAAGACUCCCGUACGCAGAGUCUGACAUCUUUCUGUCUUAAUUCAUGUUGAUUCAUCAAUGACAUUAUUUUGUUUUCUUUCAUAAUCUUUUAUGCGCAUAUGUGACCAUAAAACAUUUUGUGAAAUUGAGAUUUAUGCAUCUUAUGAAAGCUGAAUGAAUAAGCUUUCCAUUGAUAUUCCAUUGAUUAAAAACUAAAUAUUGAGAAAAUCAUCUUUAAAGUUGUCUGAAUGAGGUUCUUAGCAAUGCAUAUUACUAAUCAAAAAUUAAGUUUUGAUAAUUUACAAAAUAUCUUAAUGGAACAUGAUCUUUACUUAAUGUCCUAAAGAAAAAUGGAUCAUUUUGACCCAUUCAAUGUAUUGUUGGCUAUUGCUACAAAUAUACCUGUGCUGCUUAUGACUGCUUUUGUGCUCCAUAGUCACAUAUAAUAAUGGUGUAUUCAAAUCAUGUCAGAUCGUUUUUACGAGUUGAACGCCACCACAUUGUAAGUUAGGAGCAUCAGUGAGAGAAUAUUUAGGAUGUGAUGGAUGUAGUAUCUGUAUUGAUGGUAAAUCUGGUAAAAUGAUUUUCAUUUUAUAUAUCUUGUCAAUUAAAGUCGCAUGUAUAAAAUAACAUUGUAUUGUACAAUUACGACAGAAAAUUAUAUUACUAUUUUAAUAUUUUAAUUUACAAAACUUCAUAAAUUGAAUAAAAACUUAAAACACA